AUGCCACCAGCAGCUGUCCGCAGGACUNCUUCUNCGGAUUCGACAGACAGCAUAAGAAAGCGUGUCGGCAAGGCCUGUGAUAGAUGUCGUCUCAAGAAGUCAAAGUGCGAUGGCAGUCAUCCAUGCACUAGAUGCAAGGCUGACAACGCUAUCUGCGUCUUCGGCGAGAGAAAGAAGUCUCAUGACAAGAUCUACCCCAAAGGGUUCAUGCUCGAGCAACAACAAGCACAACUGGUCGCUGGUCUCCAAGAAACAUACCGUCGUCUUGUCGAUGCAAAUGUCUGGCCUGGAAAACCAUUAUCUGAAGCUAGCGGACAACCUCUUACACACGAUAUCCUCGCAAGACUGGAUCUUUUGGAACCCAAGAAUGAUGGCAGCGGCGAGCACGAGCAUUUCGAAGAGGAUUGCCAGAAACUACAGCAAAGAUUGAUCUCAGAGGGCGCUUCUUUCAUGGUCAGAAGAAACUCCAGCGGCUAUGAAUCAGAUCACAGUCUUCCUCGCAAGCAUGCUCGCACAUCUUCUCGUUCGAGUGUACACAGCACACCGAUACCGACCAAUACAGCGCCAGUCUUCGAUGAGAAAUUCACAUUCCACCAGAGUGCUUCGCCAUCACCAGUUUCCCACAGCCCAGUAUCCAAGAUGUCACAACUACGUUCGCCGAUUAAGCCUUCACCGCUUCAUAAUGAAGCCGUCAACAACGAUGACUAUCUUGUGCCAUCCUGGCAGGAACAGUUCACACUCCGCGGGUUAUCAGCUGCCGAUCUUAUGCGAUCGCAAGCGGCAAUGCAGGUGCCAACACUACAGGAUGGCUUCCAAGCCGCAAUCGCAUAUGGAAACGCAUUUGAACCUCAACUAGAAUAUGACAACAUGAUGCCUUUCGGCAAUUCAAAUUAUGCCACACCGGCACAAGGAUUCGGAGCCUUCAACGCUCAGGAUUGGAUGAACGAACCAAUGGAAGUCGAUUUCAGCAAAUUCGUUCAAGUGUCGACGUGA